AUGUCUCGCCGCAAGCCUGAUAUCGAGGCUACCGAGCCUGCUGAGCCUACAGUUUCCUCUUCGGGUAGCAGCAAGACCGAUUUCAAUACGACACAACAUCACGAACACGCCGGUGCUCAACAUCGACAGGCAUCUGUUGCCGCCAAGCUCCGUAACCCCCUAGCAGGCCUCAGUGAGCAGCAGGUCCUGGCUGAUGUUGAGGCUUGGUGCACAGAGAAAGGACUUCAAGAGGACCUCGAUGCGUUCCGCAAAGGAGCACUGAUUGCCCGCGUCGGCCAACGCGACGAUGGCUUCGAAUACGUGAAUGAACUUUCAACGGAAGAGAAGGAUGUGCUGCGACAUGAGAUCAGUCAUAGGUGGUCGCAGCCAUUUAUGUUGUACUUUAUGGUAACACUCUGUGCUGGAUCUGCUAUUGUGCAGGGUAUGGACCAAACAGCCGUGAACGGUGCCCAGGAAUUCUACUUUGAAGAGUUCAACAUUGGUGAAGACCAAGUAUGGCUUCGAGGACUGCUUAAUGGCGCCCCAUAUCUCUGUUCCACACUCAUUGGCUGCUGGUCCAAUGCGCCACUGAACAAGUACUUUGGCCGCCGUGGCACCAUUUUCAUUUCCUGUAUAAUAUCCUUUAUCACUGGUAUCUGGAUGGCUGCUUGUAAAAGCUGGCCAAACCUCCUUGUCGCUCGAUUCAUGCUUGGCUUUGCUGUUGGUGCAAAGUCAUCAACAACACCCGUCUAUGCAGCAGAGUCUGCCCCCAAGAAUAUUCGCGGCGCACUCACUAUGGCGUGGCAGACAUUUACGGCCUUCGGAAUAAUGCUGGGUUUUAUUGUAUCUGUCGCUUUCCAGAACGUGACAAUCAUCGGGGGGCCAACUUCGCCUUGGAGAUGGAUGCUGGCAAGUACCAGUAUUCCCCCAAUGAUUGUCUGUGCCCAGGUUUACUUCUGUCCAGAAUCACCCCGCUGGUAUGUGUACAUGGAGAAGGGGAAGUUUGACAGAGCUUUCGAAUCCCUUUGCCGUCUCCGAAGGACCAAGGUCCAGGCAGCACGUGACAUGUACUACGCGUACAAACUUCUUGAGGUUGAGAAUGCAGAACGUGAGGGCCGAAACCCAAUGAGAGAGUUCUUCCUCGUCCGGCGUAACCGGCGUGCUGCUCAGAGCGCCUUCUUCGUCAUGUUCAUGCAACAGUUCUGCGGAGUCAAUGUUAUUGCCUAUUACAGCACCUCGAUUUUCCGAUCCGCUGGCUUUAGUAGGUCCGAAGCACUGCUAACCUCUAUGGGCACGGGCAUAGUAAACUUCCUUUUUGCGAUUCCGGCCAUCUACACUAUCGAUACUUUCGGCCGGCGUAAUCUUCUGCUGACCACAUUCCCGCUUAUGGGCAUCUGCCUUCUUUGGUGCGGUCUGUCCUUUUACCUUCCCAACAACCCAGAUGGCACGCCUACACAGGGACGUCUUGCAUCCAUUGCCGCUGCUAUUUAUACCUUCAUGGCUGUCUACUCGCCCGGCGAAGGUCCCGUCCCGUUUACAUAUUCGGCCGAAGCCUUCCCACUCCACCUCCGCGACGUAGGCAUGUCCUUCGCUACCGCCACAUGCUGGGGCUUCAACUUUAUUCUUUCCCUCACAUGGCCAGCACUUGAAGCAGCAUUUACGCCCACGGGUGCCUUUUGCUGGUAUGCAGGCUGGAACUUUUUCGGCUUCGUCUACGCCUACUUCCUGCUGCCUGAGACUAAGGCGCUCACUCUAGAAGAACUCGACACUGUCUUUGACGUCGGAAACCGCCAAUUCUCGUCUUACUACCGCAGGAAACUGCCGUGGUACCUGAAGAAGCACAUCUUGCGCCAGGACGUGCAGCCUAUGGAGCCGCUGUUUGAGCUCCAUGAGCAGGGCUCGUACAGCGACUUUGCAAACGAGCCCGUCGGUGGGGGAGGUAGUGCUGGUGAAGUCAAGAACACAGAUAUUGUUGAGAAGGGCGAUGUUUCUAAAAUGUAAGCAUCGUUUGUUGUGCAAAUGUGUAUUGGGUAGCGAGGGUGUUAAUGGUUAUGUGUGGAGGUGAAUGUUUAUUAGUUGAUGCUUGAUGACAU